GAGCUGGAGCGCGCGGACCCGUUGCUUUGCCUCUGACCGUGGUACCCCCGUCGUUUCCCUUGCUCUCCUACCCCUCCUUUUCUGCUUUCCUUCCCUUGAGAGCUUCUUUUUCCCCGCGAACAUCCUCUCUCACUUUCAAUUUUAAUAGAUCUCGGAGAAAGAUAGAAGUGACGCAUCCCUGAUCUCCUUCACAGUGGUCGUUCUCGCGGACGCUCUUUUUCUCUCUGGAACUGGAUUUCUGAAACGACGUGGACGCGUGGAUGAUACACCGAGGCGAGAACUGGAGAUGGAGUUGCUCGUGAUCAGCCUCUCCUUAUGGAUCCUGCAGUGCCGCUCAGCUCGCGCGGACUCCAUUAUUCACAUCGGAGCUAUUUUUGAACAGAACGCCAUACGGGACGACGAGGUUUUUCAGCUUGCCAUUUCAGACCUGAGUUUGAAUGACGACAUCCUCCAGAGCGAGAGGAUUACCCAUUCUAUCAAACUUAUCGAGCCCAACAACCCCUUCCAGGCAGUACAGGAAGCCUGUGAGCUCAUGAAUCAGGGGAUACUGGCUUUGGUGUCGUCAACGGGAUGUGCUGCAGCCAAUGCACUACAGUCUCUUACGGAUGCCAUGCACAUUCCUCACCUAUUCAUUCAGAGGAACGGAGAUGGCACACCCCGUGCUGAGUGCCAGCUCAAUCCCAGCCCCGAUGGAGAGCGCUACACGUUGGCUGCACGCCCUCCUGUUCGUCUGAAUGAUGUCAUGAUCACACUCGUCUCUGAACUCCGCUGGCACAAGUUCAUCGUUUUCUAUGACAGCGAGUACGAUGUGCGGGGACUGCGUGGGUUUCUGGACCAGGCAUCUCGAAUGGGUUUGGAUGUGUCUCUACAGCAGGUUGACCGGAAUGUGACCAAGGUCUUUUCCACUCUGUUCAGCACAAUGAGGAUGGAGGAGCUGAACCGUUACCGGGACACUCUCAGAAGGGCCAUCCUGCUGCUCAGUCCUCGCACUGCCCAGGUCUUCAUACACCAGGCAGUGGAAACGAAUCUAGCAUCCAAAGAUAGUCACUGGGUGUAUGCCAAUGAGGAGGUUAGUGACACGGAGAUCAUGGAGCUUGUCCACAGCGCUCUGGGCCGGAUGACAGUGAUCCGGCAGAUUUUCCCCCUGUGGAGGGACACCAACAUCCGCUGCAUGAGGAACAACCAUCGCAUCUCCUCGCUGCUUUGUGACCCACAGGAAGGGUACCUGCAGUCUCUAGAGGUGUCUAGCCUGUACCUGUACGACAGUGUGCUGAUGUUGGCCAAUGCCUUCUACCGGAAGUUAGAGGACAGGAAGUGGCAUAGCAUGGCUAGUCUGAACUGCAUGAGGAAGUCAACCAAGCCCUGGAAUGGAGGCUGGUCUAUGUUAGACACAAUCCAAAAGGGGCGAAUUUCUGGGCUAACUGGUUUAAUGGACUUUCGAAGCAAUGGAGCGAACUCUCAUGUCCAGUUUGAGAUCCUGGGGACCAGUUACAGUGAGACGUUUGGAAAAGAUGUAAAGCGGCUGGCGACAUGGGACACUGAUCGUGGGCUGAAUGGCAGUCUGAGGGAGAACCGGGCUGAGCAUGGCAUGCAAGGAAUUACUCUGAAAGUGGUGACCUUACUGGAGGAGCCGUUCGUAAUGGUGGCAGAAAACAUUCUAGGUCAGCCCAAAAGAUAUAAGGGAUUUUCCAUAGAUGUUCUAGACAACCUGGCCAAAAUUCUGGGCUUUAAGUAUGAAAUGUAUCAAGUGGCUGAUGGGAAAUACGGAUCUCCUCAGGCAAAUGGGUCUUGGAAUGGACUGAUUGGAGAACUAAUAGGGAAGAGGGCAGAUGUGGCUAUUUCAGCCAUCACCAUCACUCCUGAUCGAGAGAAUGUGGUGGACUUCAGUAAACGUUACCUGGAUUAUUCUGUGGGAAUCCUGAUGACUAAAACAGAAGAGAGACUCAACAUCUUCUCCUUGCUGGCACCGUUUGAUCUGGCGGUGUGGGCCUGCAUUGCUGCUGCCAUUCCUGUGGUGGGUGUCAUGGUCUUUCUGCUCCGACGCAUCCAGUCUGUCUGCUCCCAGAAUCCUCCUGGGCCCCACCAGCCUGCUUCUGUCACGACGUCCUUCCAAAGUGCCAUCUGGAUCGUCUACGGAGCCUUUGUACAGCAAGGUGGUGAAUCCUUCAUGAGUUCAGUGGCUCUCAGGAUUGCAAUGGGAAGCUGGUGGCUGUUUACCCUCAUUGUCUGUUCGGCCUACACAGCCAACCUGGCAGCCUACCUCACCGUAACCCGCAUGGACAACGCUGUUCGAACAUUUCAAGACCUUUCCAAGCAGACAGAUCUGAGAUACGGAACGGUGAGAGACUCUGCUGUGUUCGAGUAUUUCAGGGUGAAGGGCACGAACCCCUUGGAGCAAGACAGCACUUUCGCCGAGCUGUGGAGAACUAUCAAUAAAAAUCAGGGACAGGACAACUCUGUAACCUCUCCUGCUGAAGGCAUCCGCAAGGUGAAACGGGAUCCGUACGCCUUCCUGUGGGACAUGGCGGUGUUAGAGUAUGCCGCUCUGACAGAUGAUGAUUGUGCGCUGGUGGUCACAGGAAACAGCAUGAGCAGCAAAGGAUACGGCCUGGCUCUGCAGCACGGCAGCCCCUACAGAGAUCUCUUCUCGCAGAAGAUCCUUGACCUGCAGGAGAAAGGAGACAUUGACAUCCUAAAGCAGAAGUGGUGGCCACGGAAAGGUCGCUGUGACCUGGACAAGCAUGCAGAGCCCCAGCCAGAGGGCCGUGCCCUGAGACUGCACAGCUUCGCUGGGGUCUUCUGCAUCCUAGCGGCGGGGCUGCUUCUGGCCUGCCUGGUAGCCGCUCUGGAGUCAUGGUGGAAUGGGCCACGCUGCCAGCGGGCACAGCCCAAAGAGGACACUAAGGGCUGCACUCUGGAGAUGGCGUCUGGGUCAUUGGCAUAUAAUGAAAUUGCAACUGCUGCAGGAUGCGCACGGGACGUUUGGCCAGAGAGAGAAAGAGACUGGGAAGACACGCAGGCUUUUUACACAGGACAAAGAGGUGAAUCUGGAGCAGGUUCACCAGCGUUUGAGUGGGCUGAUGGAGGACGAUCUGGCACACACGCAGCUGCCAGGUCAGUCUCUGGAGAUCUCUGCCCUGGACAUGGGCAGCAUGCGGCCACAGCAGAGCUGCCAGGAAGCCAUGAGAGAUUUCCCCCCUGGGGCCCUGUCCGUGACUUCCUUCCUCCAGGAGGGUCCUGGGGUCGGCCGCGUGCCCGGACGGAGCCUCCCCCUCCCUCUCAGCAGUUCCACUCUGCCACCCUCCAUGCGCUGCAAACACCGGGCGCCCAACGGAGGCCUUUUCCGCCAGAGCCCUGUAAAGACACCUAUGCCCAUCUCUUACCAGGCAGUGCCCGGGGGACCCAUCCCAGAAGCCAUUGAUCCAAGCCAUGGGACCUCUAUUUGAGCCAACCGGUCUGAGCAUUCUAAAGAUUGCCAGCCAGCCAAUCACAAAAAAAACAGGUUUGGACCAGGUCUGGUUGCAUUUAUACAAUUACUUACAUACAAAAACAGAUAUGGAGAGCUCUUUUUUCAGUACAGAUACAUACGACUGUGAGACGCUGACUUUCCUUGCCUGUACAUAUUUGUAUAUAAUGAGAGACAGCAGUUAAGUCAAAGUGUAUUUUGAAUAUUCAUGAUUUUUUUGAAGUUGAGUUUAAAAGAAAUAAUUACCUACAAUACAGACUGUUUGAAUGGCUUUGUAAAUUUUGUUCUAAAAUAAAAAUGAGAUUCCUUGUGGAUGUUUUCUAAGUGCCACGUUUACAGAUUUUCAUUUGAAGUAGAAGAGAUGGGGAGAAAACAACUGAAUGAGAAAAUCUGUUCAUCUUUUGAUCUCAUAAUUUUUGUUUAAUAUAAAAGAAGCUUUAAAGAGAAAUGAAUCACUGCAGGUUUGUGGAGUCAUCGCUCACGUAAGGUCUGAUCCCAAGGAACAAAGUUUUAGUAGCAGCUCUUCAUUAUAUAAUCUCAGAGUGUGUAUGGAGGCUGAAGCUGUCUUAGCCUUUGACAGCCGUGUGUGUAUAAAAUCAUCUGUAGACUAGUACAGCAUACGAGACACUCGCCCUUAAUAUGAAAAACGUUCUAAAAGGGAGACGUAUGUACAUUAUAUGUACCUGAAAUUCUGCAUACUCAUACAUAAUGGCUACAUUUGAGUCUUUUUAUAGUGUACACUAAACAGAGAGAGAAAUAUAAACAUAUCAGUAUUAAAUUUGUUGCUUCUCUUUAGUAGAAAAUUGAACAAUAUAAAACAAUCUGUCUUUAUUCUGUUCCUGGAACCAGUAGUGAUUUUACAGUAACAUGUUGAAGGAAAAUCACCAUGGUGUUUGAGAUUCUUUUGGUUAAAAAUAAACUCUUUUGCACCAAA